UUUCCUUCUCAAAUUCUGCUCCAUUAUUCUCUUCUCUUAUCAUUUACUCCACCCGGAACCUUCUAGAAAUAACAAAACCUAGCCUCCCAUUUCCCCCCUCUCACACAACAUGCCAGCUUUCAACUCUAUAUUGUGUUGAAAACCUUUGAUUCAACGGUGUGUGACCGCGCGAGCCAGGUUUCUUGUUACUUGUUUGGUUGAUGGGAAAAAUUUUGCUUUCUUUCCAGCAGCAGUUCAGGAACUAAAGGAGAGGCGGAGGAAUAUUCUCUCUUUCGAGAGGACCGAACCUUAUGGCCUGCGAACCCGCAGCCGGUUUUGCCGCCGACUCGCAGCGAUCUUUACCGACUCCGUUCCUUAUGAAAACCUAUCAGCUAGUCGACGAUCCCUUCGUUGAUGACUUGAUUUCAUGGAACGAAGAUGGAUCGGCUUUCAUCGUUUGGCAGUCCGCGGAAUUCGCUCGUGAUUUGCUCCCUAAAUACUUCAAACAUAACAACUUCUCCAGCUUCGUACGCCAACUCAACACAUAUGGAUUUAGGAAGGUAGUGCCGGACCGAUGGGAGUUCGCUAACGAUUGUUUUCGAAGAGGCGAGAAGGAACUUCUCCGAGACAUUCAGCGCCGUAAAAUAACGACUGCUUUUGCUCCUGCUUCGGCGACGGUGACCGCUCCGGGCGUUCCUUGUAAGGUAUACCCCUCGAACUCGGUCGAUGAGCAGGUAAUCUCUUCGAACUCGCCUCCCGUAGCUACCAUUGUGCACCGGAUCACGAGGUGCACGACUAGACCGGAGCUCUUAGAGGAGAACGAGAGGCUUAGAAAAGAAAACAUGCAGCUGAGCAAUGAGUUGAAUCGGUUGAAGGGGUUGAUUAACAAUAUAUUAACUUUGAUGACCAACCAUGGUUCAGGUAACUUUGAGAAUCAUUCAGAUUUGGCAGAAGGGAAGGCGCUAGAUCUAUUAUUAACGAGAAAAUUGGCUAGUAACACAGAAGACAGUAGUCCGGAGGAGGCAACGGCGUCAGCGGAAGAUGUGACGCCGAAGUUAUUCGGAGUUUCCAUAGGAGCUAAGCGCGUGAGGAGAUAAAAUAAGGAUGAGGAUCAUAAUAAAAAUCAAGUACGGCAGCAGGAUGUUGAGCCUGGAUAUGAGGUUAAAGAAUAACCGUGGAUAGAAAAGGUCAUGAUCAAAGCAUCGACGUGGCUGGAGCUUGUGAAAGGAUCAACGGUAUAUAAAGCUAUUUGAUUUUGAAGCAUUGGACGGUGUGGAUGAAGAUGGAGGAGGAACGUGGUCCUAAGGGAGUGUUCUUCGAGGUGUUUGGAACAUGACACGUGGGGUGAGGAAGCAUUUGUUUGUUCUGGAAUGUGAUACUCCCAGUUCUAGAGGAGAGCGAUGUUGUGAAGCAAAAGCCGUAUAUGUAAUGGGAUCCAACAAUGUCGUGCGACGAGAAGGGAGGGCCAUCAUCUAAGAUGGUAACCCUAUUGAUUGAGAUAGAGAGUAAAAUUUGAUUC